GUGCUCAUAACCAUCAUUACUUUGCUAAGCAUAAUUUUCAUCUCUUAUAUGCUACCACAUUCUUCUGCUUCUUUUCCAUCAACUACUCAAUUUCAACCUUCAUUCCAACAUCAAGCCAAUAAUGCACACAGUAAUCACCCAAGGCUGGUAAGAAAGUUAAUAAGGGCUACUGAGAAGGGACAUAAUGAAGAUAGAGACUUCAUUGCAUCACAAUACAAUAAGCAGAAGGGUUACCUUUCAGGGAAAGUACAACAUAGGAAGAAAAAUAUGGUGGCCGGAAAGAAGGAGACAAAAGAAGAAAAAUAUGAUGGAGAAGACCCUUCACAAUAUUUUGCUAAGGAUUAUUCCCAUGUUGGAGGGAGACGUCCCAUACACAAUAAGAAUUUGCCAAUUGGUCCCUAGAAUGGCAUCAUUGUGAUAUUGGUUAGAAGAUAGUUAGAUAUAUGUUCUUACUAUUUCGUAUUACAAAAAUACUAUUAGUACAUUAA